AGGAGAAAUGUAUAAAUAUUCCUCAAAACUUUUGCCUGAUGCAGUGUGUUUGUGUGUCCGUGUGUGUGUGUGUGUUCGUGUUCAGUGUGGGAGAAGAAACGGCGCGUGGGUGUUAAUUUAUUAAAGAAGUCAGUUAUUUUGCACUAAAUAAUAUUUAAGGCAGAUUUGCUAACACCACAGGGGGGGUGUUUAAAAGAAAAAAACAACCCACUCCUGGAGAAAUAAAGACUGCCAUCAUGGUCGCCACAAGUACACUGAAGACCAAAAGCAGCGAAUAUAUCUCAGAAUUAGUUGACCGAAGAUAUGACCAGGCCUGCAUUGAGAACGAACUGGAUUUCUGGGAUCACUGCUUGGCUGAGCCUCAGAGGAAUGCAGAUGUCACUGAGGACAGAACCUGUCAACAGCUGGCCAAGAUGUUUGAAAACUGCCUAUCACGGGCCAAGAAGACGACGCUGCAUUGUUCGUCUGUGCUGGUUCCAGAGAAGCUCACGCGGAGAAUAGCUCGCGAAGUCCUGCGGCUGGCGUCUGGUGAGCCCUGUGGCCUGCGUGGCUGCGUCCUCUACGUCCAUCUGGAGCUGGAAAAAGGCUGCAAAAGGCUGGAGCGCAUCGUGUAUGAUGCCACCGUGGUGCCCACAUUUGAGCUGACUCUUGUGUUCAAGCAGGAUGGCACUGCCUGGCCCAGCCUACGGGACUUCCUUUUUAUGGGAACCUGCUUCGCCCCGACUUUCAGACACGUACUUAAACUGAGUCCAGGUUUCCGGCUUGUAAAGAAAAAACUGUACUCCUCCUCGGCUGGUACCGUGGUAGAGGAGUGCUGAACUGUGGGAGGGAUUAGUCUGGGAUAUCUGGUUUCUUGUGGGUUAAAGCACUUCUGCCCAAAUGUAAAUGACACUCCAGUGGUGUCAUAUUUUCUACAGUGUUUUUGUACAAUCUAGUUUAUCAGUUCAACUACUAGAAGCCAGUUGGUUCAGUUUGGAGAAGCUUUUGCAUAAAUGUGCCUGAUAGUUCUGAGUUUGGCUUCAGUGUUUCUAAAGGUUCUAAAAAGUUUUUUUUUUUUUUUUUAAUAAUGAAAACUAAUAUUCUGGGUGUUUUGUUUUUUGUUUUCCCUAAUGAGAGUAUAUGUUGCUAUAUAUAUGCUCCAACACAAUUUUAAAUGGUACAUUUUGCAGAUGAAUGUAAAACCAUGUGUGAGAGGGACGUACUGUGGGUACACUUUUGUUAAAGACACUAGCCACUUUGUUGAUGCAUCUGCGUGUUUCCAGAUACAUUGAAUGUGUUCAGCAGCAGUUAACACACACGUCGGCUUGAAUAGGAGACUGUAAUGUAGUCUUUUGGGGGCCACAUGUAGCCAGUUGUGUAAUGCUGUACUUAGGGCUAUGGACGUUUUUAAGACUGAAUGUCCUGUGAAGACGCUGCUGUUAUGGUGUGGGCUUCUCGCACUAGAGCAACGGGAUUGCCUUAAAUCUCAUAGAAAUGUACUUUUUUUUUUUUUUUUUUUUUCUUUUUUCCACUUGGAUCACAACUAUCUGUAUGUUUAGUGUAAAUGUUUUAUUGUAUUUUUAUUUUUAUACCCUUAUCCCCCUGACACACCUUUUCAAUGCAGAGCCUUUAUAGAUUAUUAAAAGGAUGAUUCACCCACA